AUGGCGCCCAUGAACAGAAAUCGGAACCGAGACCAUAAAAAAACAGCGGCUCGUCGUCGUGGCAAAAAUUUAGAUCGCUUAGCUUACAAGUAUUCCGGUUCGGAUAGUUCGCGAAUCCGUAAAAAAGUAACUGGACACAAAUUGGAAUUGUACGGUGGGCGGAACAGAAACGAUGAAUUACGAACGAAAACAUACAUAAGAAAAGCUCUCGAGCUGGGUCUGUCGACUGGGUAUUUGAUACCUGACGAUAAUUCCGAGAGCCAAGUACUGAGGGUCGCGUCUGACAUAGUCAAAUUCGGUCGUUUCGUCGAGGACGGAAACGGAAGUGAGGAAAAGCUGGACAGCAGUAGUUUGACGAAAGCACGAAAUCGUGGCGGACGUGGGGGUGGUGGUGGUGGUGGUGGCAGUAAAGCGACAGUGAAACGGCUCGCCUCAAAAAACGCGCGUGCGAACAAUCGUAAGCGAAUACAAACGAAGACUAAAAGUCCGGAUAGACCAGCUCCCAAUAAUCGAAGACGAAAACGCAGUGGCAGCCGGGAAAAGGUGAAAGUCCGUAUCCAGAAACGGAAACGAAUGCCAGAGGCUAAGAGCGAGCCUCGUACGAGAAGAAACGAGGACGACGACGCGGUGGACGACGCGGAGGAUCGCAAGGAUGAGGACGACCAAGCCGACACUGAGAAUAAUGACAAUAAAAAUUCAAACGAUGCUGGGAACAAGAAAUUGCCAGUUGCUGGGAGACCGAGUUCGAUCGCACCGAAGUCAGAUGACGACGAUUCCACAACGAGCACAAAGCAAAAGGACAAGGAUAAAGAGGACUCGGAUAACGAAAGAUCGAGCGAGGAAGGAGGAGACGAAGAGGACGAGGAGCCCGACGAUCAGGAACAGCCAGAAGGGAUGCCCGCGGAGGAAGACGCAACGGAUAAUAACGAGGAACAAAACGUUGAAAACUGA